AUGGUGGUUCGUAAUGAUAGUUUUGACAGCGGAGUAGAGGUGAUAAUAGAUAUGAUGGUGUUUGAUGGAAGCGUUGGAGGCGGCGGAGGCGUAAGUGGAGGCGGCAGUAGUGACGGCAUCGAUGGAGGUAGAGGUGGCGGCAGAGAAGGCAGCAACGGCAGCGGCGGCAGCGGGGGCAGCGGCGACGGCAAAAGCGGCGACGGCGGCGACAGCGGCGACAGCGGCGACAGCGGCGACAGCGGCGACAGCGGCGACAGCGGCGACGGCGACAACAGCGACGGCGGCGGCGGCGACAGCGGCGACAGCGGCGACAGCGGCGACAGCGGCGACAGCGGCGACAGCGGCGACAGCGGCGACGGUGGCGGUGGCGGAGAUUGCGGCGACCGCGGUGGCAGAGAAGGCAGCAACGGCAGCGGCGACAGCGGUGACGGCGGCGACAACGGCGACAGCGGCGACAGCGGCGACAGCGGCGACAGCGGCGACAGCGGCGACAGCGGCGACGACGGCUAUGGUAGUGGCGAUGAUCAUUUUAGGAAUAUAUUGGACAAUAUUUAUUGUCUCUAG